UUUUAGGACAUAUUUUAAGAAAAUUGAGAUCAAAAGCAAUCCUGGGUAUUUCUUCUUUCAAAUCAAUGAGAAUAGGGAGCAGAUGAAAACAUGUUGUUUUUGUGGCAUCGAAUAUGUGCUGGGUGGGGUACAAGCUCCCUCCUGGAUCCUGCCGCUCUGCAGAAACUAUGUCCAAUAAAACGGCACUGAUUUGGACUAAAAACGGCAUAAUCCUAACUUACAGACCACUGGGAAUGCUUUGAAAAUAAAUCAGAAGGUCUUUAAAAACUCAGUUCACUGCUUUGCUUUCAUCGAAAUGUUCUGCCUGUAUGUGACGUUACAAAUGCCUAAAGCCGUUCCUGGAAUUCCUAACAUUCUUUCUGAGAUAGUAAGAUAAGAAACAAAAUUUUUCCUCGUCACAGGUGCAACAAAACUAAAAACUGCUUACUGGUCAGGCCACCUUUUGGUUAUUUAAAAUAAUUUUCACAAGAAUUUACAGAGGAAUAAUUUAUGACUUAAAAAAAUUAAAAGUGCAUCAUUCAGUCAUUGAAAACAAGCAAUUAUAAUUAAUUCUUUUCCAGCUAAAUAAAAAGUGCCUGAGUCAUUAAAACUAAGAAUGAACAACAAGAAUAAAUACCAAUGACAUGGCCAUGAUCAGACUAGUUUAGUGGCGUUGUGGUAGAGUGUCUGCUCCAGGACUGGAAGGACAGAAGAUCAAAUCCAGGCCGAGUCCUACUGAAGAAUGACUGGAAAUCGGCAUUAAGGAGGUUUGGAUUGGGGGGGUUCAACCACUAAAUCCUUCCUGUCUGCAGCUCACCGCUCCCCCAGGGGAUGGGGCAAAUGCAGAGAACAAAUUUCAAUCCAGAACUGAUGGGAUUUUAACAACACAAAGAUCUUAUACACGCUACCUAUGUCCAGAGAUCUUUUGGAUGUAAAAUCAAAACGUGGGGGGAUUGAUCAUCGUCGUAAAGAGUUUUAACCAGUGGUAGAAAUUAUCUGCAGGUAUAAGUUUGUUUCUUCUGAGCCAAAAUUUUAAGGUUUAGAUCUGCAUCCCAAUUCUGGAUGUCCCAUUGUGCCAAACCUAUAGGAGGUUCUGAUUGUUGGAAAAUAUAUAAACAUUUUCAGAAUUUGAUGAUUUUCAUCUUUAAAAUGAUCUAUAUUUCAAAAAGCAUUCCCAUUGUCCUGUACUACAGUUCUGUUAAUGACCACAAAGGGGCAGUAUUUCCGUCCUAACAGAAAUUGCUGCAUUGUCAUGCUUUUUUUUAUUGUCAUGCAGGUUAAAUCUAAACAUACAGCUGAAAGUGAGAAGAAUUUCUGGUUUAUUUUAUGUCUAACUGUUUUUUUAUGUCAGUCAAUAGGAAUCAAACUUCAUAAAAAACUAAACAAAACUGAUGACCUUAGAAUGCAGUCAUGCAUUUUCGCUUUAUGUUAAAUAUAGGUUUCACUGCAGAAUAACUGCAACCUUUCAAUGAAAAAUACAAUUUCCGUGCCAUAAAUAGGUGUCAUCCUAUUCUGGACCGAAGUUUAAGCUUUCCUCACUGAGUGUGGGCUGCUGUGGGAGGAACACAGUGUGUGGUGAGUCCAUGUUACCAAUACAGGUUAAAUGUUCUCAAAGCUUUUCAGUAGGAAACAUGUGGCUUUGCUGUACAAAAGCUUUUGCUGUUAUUUAUUAUCGCUGUGCAGUAUGUUGCAGUUCAAAAGGUGCCACUGAGCUGGACCUUUAGAAGGACCACGCAUGGGUGGUGACAAGUCAACAAAGCUAUCAUGUUUUCUUUCAAAUCUAUGCGCCCCAUAUUCCAGUAAACUUUGAAAAACGUCACGUUUUUAUCUUGUUUCUUUGUUCAGAGGAACAUAAAGUCUCUAUUCAUUGGCUGUUUGUUGUACUCUGAUUACAGCGGCGUGUAAUCAGCUCAGCCUUCCCCCAUAUUUUUGGGUCCUCUUCCGUCUCUCUGGGGGUUUCUAUCCGAGCUGAAGUCAGCUGAAGGGCGUGUUUUAUGCCCACGGGAUCCACUCCUUGUUUUCCGUGUGUCCCUGGAGUUGGAAGGCAGCUGAAAGUUUAAACAGAGACACACUCCCUCAUGCUCUGGAUGGCAAAAGCUCAGAGAUUAGGAGGCUUGUCUGCACCGCCAACAGCAAAGAUUGCUCACAAAUCUCAACUUGCCAAAGAAGAAGGAUCGUUCUUUUUUGUUUUUCUUUCGCCUGUGACCUUGUGGCAAAACAAGCAAUGGGAUAACCAGCUUUUCUUUUGGGACGCUCUUCACCAAAGAUGGGUAGAAAAGUGUGGGGACAAAGGAGCCAUAAUGGGAAUGCCUGUGUGAGUAAAGGAGCCAGAGGAUGCAGGUGGCAGCGAGGCUUUGCGCUGACUUGUUUGAAGUUUUUUUUUCUCUGUGUCAGAGGUGAAGGAUUAUGGCUGGCAUAGGAAUUUAGGCUUCACAUGAAGGACUUCAUCAUCGACUCUCAUCUCCUCAACAGACUAGUGGCCUGGGUCCUUUGCUUGUUUUCUUGAGUCAUGUAAGGAAAUGUAAAAAAUAAAUCGUUUUAGUGGGCUGUUAUGCUAUUCCUCAGCAGGGGGACAGAGGUCGUGACCCCAAAGUGUGCAAGGGGUCAGCAGGGAAACACAGUUCAUCACACCUCUGGCCUUCUGAAGCAAACUCAGAGAGAUGCCGCUCUGUCAGAGCCAAAAAUGGGUCACGUCAGUUGGAACCUUGUGGAAAACUGCCAGCCUAAAAAGGAGGUCAUGAAUUUGGUGCCAAUGGAGAAUAGCCCCAGGCUGGGCAGGGCACGACAGGAGCUCAGGAGGUGGCCUGCCCUGAGUGGGGCAGAGAGGCACAGAGAAGAGGCAGUUGUGGAGAGGCCUGAGGAGGAGUUAAAAAUGAAGACGGACAGGUUUGUGAACCAACCCUCCAAGAAUUCAGGAAACUCUGCACAACAUAACACAGAUGUGGCAGAGGUAACAGCUCAUGCUAAAGCCCACGAAAGACUCAUUCAGAGUUCAGAGCCACGCUCUGUCAUUAUCCUCGCCAGGAGGCUCGUCCUCACCGGUCACGCCGGACUUACGGACCUCAGGUCGCAGAGUACGCAUCAGGAUGAAGCCACGCUUGGGAGGAGAGCGAAGAGCAUGUAUGGAGGCCCUGCUGAGCAGCAAAGAGAUUCUACACCUGAACCAGAGGGACGGCCGCGGAGGCCCAGGAGUGUCUGUAUGCUGACGGGCACAAAACCUGCUCCAUCCGAAGCGCCACCUCAAGAAGGCUUGAAAAGGCCGGGCAUCUGUGACAACAACCACCAGGGCAGGAGCAGGAAGGCUGAGUUGAUGGCUGUGGAUGGCCUCAAUCCUAUCCUCGCUCUGCAGUCAUUAGAUCCUGCAAAAGUAUCCCUCCUGGCCCGCCAGAGAACCUGGAAACCCAGGCCCUUAAGCAUGACCGUUCUGGAGGUUAGAAAGAAGAGCUCUGAUGAUGAGCUGGACAGCCAGAGGAUGCUAAGUCACACAGGUGGUGAUGGAGGCGGAUUCCUCAAAGGAGCCUUUCGUUGGAGGUUUUUUGGGCAUAGCUCUGAUGACCGGAACAAGGACAAGGAGACGGACAAAGGUGCCGACUCUGCCCUGAAAACUCCCAAACCUGAUCCCCCCAGAAGCACCCUGUCUACUUUGAGACGGAGCUUCAGCCUACGGAUGAGGAAGACUCGAACCCAUGACAAAAGUAAUGUGGGGUCUGAUGGGGAGCACCGUCAAGCAAAAAGUUGUGCCGAAGAGGCCUCUUCACGGCCUUUCUCCUACCUCACAGGGAGAGCGCUCCCAGCUUCCAGAGAAGAACUAAAAGAUGAGCUGCAGUACAUUCAGUACCAGAGAAAGGGGAAAGCUGAGGUGAUGGAAGUACCGCUAUGUCCAUCCAAACUGUCCUCCAGACAAUGUCAGAAAGAGCCGAGCCUAUUGCAGCUGCUAGUCAACCGUUUUCGGAGGAAAGAGCAGCCUUGCAAAUGUGAAUCCCAGCUGAAGCAGGACAGGGGCCAGUAUUCCCAGCCUGAGACGAAUGAGUCACCGCCCAUCACUGUUGAGACUCUGGCAGACAAUGACUCCCACAAAGGUCAAGACUCUUUCGUCAACAGUCAGGAGUGGACGUUGAGUCGAUCAGUUCCAGAACUUAAAGUGGGCAUUGUGGGAAAUCUGUCCAGUGGGAAGUCUGCCUUAGUGCAUCGAUACUUGACAGGAACAUAUGUGCAGGAGGAGUCUCCUGAAGGUGGGCGUUUCAAGAAAGAAAUUGUGGUAGAUGGACAGAGCUACCUACUGCUAAUCAGAGAUGAAGGGGGGCCUCCAGAGUUGCAGUUUGCUGCCUGGGUGGAUGCGGUGGUCUUUGUUUUCAGCCUGGAGGAUGAGAUCAGCUUUCAGACGGUCUACAACUACUUCUUGCGCCUGUCCAGCUACAGGAACACAGCUGAGGUGCCCAUGGUCCUGGUUGGGACACAAGAUGCGAUCAGUGCCGCCAACCCCAGAGUGAUUGACGACUCGCGGGCCAGAAAGCUGUCAAACGACCUGAAGCGCUGCACAUACUAUGAGACUUGCUCCACGUACGGCCUGAACGUGGAGAGAGUCUUCCAGGAUGUUGCCCAGAAGAUUGUGGCCAUGAGGAAAAAGCAGCAGCUAUCUAUUGGUCCCUGCAAGUCCCUCCCUAACUCCCCCAGCCACUCAUCAGUCCCCGCUGCAUCCAUCCCCUCCGUUCACAUUAACCAGGCGGCCAACGGUGGGGGCGCGUUCAGCGACUACUCCUCCUCUGUUCCCUCCACCCCCAGCAUAAGCCAGCGGGAGAUGCGCAUUGAGACCAUCGCUGCCUCCAACACGCCCACGCCAAUCCGCAAGCAGUCGAAACGCCGCUCCAACAUUUUCACAUCACGGAAAGCCAGUGAACAGACAAAGAGCGUUGACAGUAAAACAGACAGCAUAGGCAGUGGGAGGGCCAUACCUAUCAAACAGGGAAUCCUUCUGAAGCGAAGUGGCAAAUCCCUCAACAAGGAGUGGAAGAAGAAGUACGUCACACUGUGCAGUAAUGGCCUCCUCACUUACCACCCCAGUUUACAUGACUACAUGCAGAAUGUGCAUGGAAAAGAGAUCGACCUGCUGAGAACAACCGUCAAGGUACCAGGAAAACGACCCCCCCGAGCGGUGGCCACUGUGGCCCCCACCACGAGUCCCAAAACCAACGGACUAACCAAGGACCGUAGCGCUCUGCAGCUAGGCAUUGGGAACACAGGUGCUUCACACUCCAACAGCAGCACCUCCCUGCAGACAGGCGUGGCGGCGUUGAGCGGCAGUAAGGACGGCAUGCACCAGCGCUCCUUCUCCGUGUCCAGCGCUGACCAGUGGAACGAAGCCAUCAACACCAGUACAAGCAGCGGCGCCACCAAUGGUACGAGCGAUCCAGCUGGUUCCAGUGUGGGCAACGCAACGAGUCCCAAACUCGAGCCCCCGCCUUCGCCGCAUGCCAACCGGAAGAAACACAGACGGAAAAAGAGCACUGGCAUCACAAAACCAGACGGCGUAUCUGCAGGCUUUGAAGAACAAGAAGAUUCCUUCGAGUUUGUCAUCGUCUCUUUGACGGGUCAGACGUGGAACUUUGAGGCAUCGACGUAUGAGGAGCGGGAGCUGUGGGUCCAGCUGAUCGAGAGUCAGAUCUUUGCCAGCCUGCAGUCCUGUGAGGUCAUAAAGAACAAGUCUCGGUUAGGAAGCCAAAGUGAUGCCUUGGCCAUACAGUCCAUAAGAAACGUGAGGGGGAACAGCUUCUGCGUGGACUGUGAUGCACCCAAUCCAGACUGGGCCAGUUUGAAUCUCGGGGCCUUGAUGUGCAUCGAGUGCUCCGGCAUCCACAGGAACCUGGGCACCCACCUGUCCCGUGUGCGCUCCCUGGACCUGGACAGCUGGCCGGUGGAGCUCAGCAUGGUGAUGACCGCCAUCGGGAACGCCAUGGCCAACAGCGUGUGGGAGGGGGCUCUGGAGGGAUACGCCAAGCCAGGAAGCGACAGCACCAGGGAAGAGAAGGAGCGAUGGAUCAGAGCCAAGUAUGAGCAGAAGCUGUUCCUGGUGGGGCUGCCCCAGUCAGACGUUCCUCUGGGGCAGCAGCUGCUUCGCGCGGUGGUGGAGGAUGACCUGAGGUUGGUGGUGCUGCUGCUGGCCCACGGCACCAAGGAAGAGGUUAAUGAGACCUACGGGGAUGGAGACGGACGCACCGCACUUCACCUCUCGUGUGCCAUGGCCAAUGUAGUCAUCACACAGCUGCUCAUCUGGUACGGUGUGGACGUAAAAAGCAGAGAUGCUCGUGGCCAGACGCCUCUGUCUUACGCCCGACGCGCUGGAAGCCAGGAGUGUGCCGACAUUCUGCUUCAACACGGCUGUCCCAGCGAUUCCGCCAGCCUCACCUCUGUGCCCACGCCCAACAUGAGCCGCCGCAACCCCAACGUCAACAACAACAAUGCCCAGUGUGAGCUCAACCGCAGCAUCAGCAUCAUGUAGAAGCCAGAGCACCCAACCCAGUCUCAUCCGAGGACUUCCUCAGUUUCACUGUGUUUCCAUGACCAGUAGAGAAUCGUCACAAGUGAUGGAUUAAGCUGCAAUAUUAUGUUGCGCUGUAAAUGGAAGGUUCAGACUUUGUACUUUUUUUUUUCUUUUAAUUGUUAUUUUUAUUCAUUUGGAUGGUUCGAUUUACUCCGUCUUGGUCUGAAAUGAUCACGAUCAGCUUUACAGUGUUUUGUAUCCUAAGCGUCAACCAAACAAAUGACUUUCUCCGGCAUUCAUAACUACCCUACGAAAAAGCAUUUCCUUAAUGCUUGAACAUUUCCUCUGAUGUCUUCCCCUCUGCGAUGUGAUCGGAGUGCAUAAUGAGCGCGAGAGUGAGAAACUUCUGUCAGAUUUCCAGACCUAAGCUUCAUUGCGCAGAACUGUAAAGAAUAGCAGAAGAAGUGACAAAACACUGAUGUGAGGAGAACCACAUUCCUCAUGAUAACAGUGGUUGUUGCAGCUCUCGUAAUGAUGCAUGUUUUCAACCCAGCUAUCAACCUUUUGACAUGCUAUUCAUAUACAAAGGCAAAGCAAUUAUGGUUAAAGAGGCCAAAUGAUUUAGAUACUCAAUUCACAGGGAAAUGGAUUUGGAUCGUCAUAAAGGAGCUGAUUGCAAAAUUCCUUUUGGGUGAAAAAGAAUCAUUUCCUUUGGCACUUUUUUUUCUUCUUCUUCACAAUCCUUCAGUAAAAGUGUCAACGACUAUGAAGGAAUUAAGGGGCAUGGUGUUGUAUGGCCAUUAGGCCACAUAGUUUUGUAAGCGUGCCUCUUCAAUCAGAUCUCAUUCGAAUACAAAGAAUUGAUUGAAACCCGGAAAUUCUGCCAUUACGAUGCCUUUGUUGGAAUCAUUUUCCGAUGGACGAGAUUGUGUUGAUAAUUGUUUGACACAAAUUUCUGAACGAAAAGCAUCUUCAAAUAUGCAUUCAGCUCCUGGGGGGGCCUGAAAGAUGUGAAACUCUAAAGGUCAUAUCUUCCUUUUGUUUGCUGUGAAAUACAUAUGUGGUACUUUGUGUGUGUGUCCAUACCUGUACAGUACAUUUAUACUUAUUACAUUUCUGUUUAUGAAGGACACCGGUUGAAGACAAACGUCUGCAGUGACAUUUUUGGAGCAGAAGUGUGUUAAAUUGUACAGACUUGUGUAAAAAGUUGUGUUUUUUUAUGUUCUUUUGCCUUAUUUCUUAUCAGAACAGUUUUACUCAGACUUUUAGAGUCAAUUUAAAAAAACCUGUUCUGUCAGUUUUUUAAAGACCGUCCAGUCCUGAAAAGCUAUCAGCCUAAGAGUGUGUUCAAGAGAAUGCAGAUAUAUGACUAAAAUGACGACAAUAUAAGGGAUAAAAAUGGUUCCUAUAGGGGAAAAUAAAUUAGUUUUUUCAUAUAUAUAAUGUUCUACAGAUUGAUUUAGCCGAUUUCUUUAUAGUAUAUGAAGAAUAAGGUUUAAGACUUUUUUUUUUUUAACAAAGAUUUUUAUGUUUACUGAGCAAGAUAGUACAUGGUACUUUAUGUGGAUUACUUUAUUUUGGAAUGGUAUUUUAUUUUAAAUGAAAAAGUGGAAGGGGGACAUCCAUAGUUUCAGGAAAUCAAACUCUUAUGGAGAAAUAGUUUAUAAAAAAAAGCCUUUUUUUUAAAUGCUUUUAAAACACGACAAGCAAAAAUGUGGAUCAUCUGCAUGGAUAAUUACUGACUACUUAAUUAUUCAAUUAAAAAAGCAAGCAAGUUUUUUAUUCCUAAUUUAAUUUACAUGUACAGUUUAACCCCCCCGAAGCAUUUCUGCAAAGUUUGUGACAUAUUUUCUCUCUUUGUUAUUGUGAAAGGUGGAGUUCAGGGUUUGCGAAACCUCCACCUGCAGGGGGGUGCUCUCGCACAGGUCAUGAGGUGUUUGCAGAACCAAGAAAAGUUGCAAGAUUUACCUAAAAUUUCAGACAACUUGCAGGAAUUUUUGCAGAAAAUGUUUGGAAUUUUGGCUGGUUGAUGUCAUGGCUGCACUGUUUUUUUUGUGUCUCAUGCAUGGUAAAAAAACCAGAAUAAGAGGGGUUCUUCUUGUUUUUACAAGGUAAAACUAAACAGAUGUCAGACACGAGUGCAGAUUUGUUUUUUUAUUUAUUUCCAUUUAGCGUCCAUUGAGUCGCUUCCAUGCGGGAAUAAAAGUUUAAAUCUCCUUUCCUAAACUUAAAAAUAUAAAAAAAAAUUCACCUGACUUCCUCAGAGAGAAAUAAAAAAGCCACAAACUUCACUUGAUGUUGUAACACGUACUGUACUGUGAUACUGGCCUUAUUUCUGAACAUUACUUGACCAACAGAUUUCACUGAGUAUAUAUUUUUCCUGUCCAGUGAAAUGACAGAAGAGUUUUUUUUUCUGUACAGCCAUUGCCUAAUUCUUUUUUGCAAAUUUUAGGAUUUAGGAAGAGAAAUGAAACACACUCAAAACCUGCUUGUUUUGCCAAAAAACACUUCAGUGUAAAUAUUAGUUACGUAUAUUAGCUUUUAUCUGAAGGCGAGCUCCAUAGAAAAACUAGCAGAAAUGGUUUUGGUUCCAUUUAUUCCUUUUUUAUUAGUUUGUUUUCUUUUUUUUGGUCAAAUUUAAGGUAUUUCUGUUUGUUAACAUUACCUAACUGUCUUUGGGAAUUGUGUAUAUUGAUGUACAUUCGACAUAUUUAUAAUGCAGUAUGUAAAUAUCUUUUUUUUUUGUUAUUUUCCGAUUGUAUUAUUUCCUUUUAUGUUCUGAAACAAAGCAAAAAAGCAAAAUGUUGUACGCUUGGACGCUUGGCUGACUAUUGACCCAUUAAUGAACACCUUAAAAUAAAACAUGUAACCUCCCCUGACUCUGCAGAAAAUGA